AUGGAAAUCGGUAGAGAUAUGAAUUUGGAAUUCGGGGACAUGCGAGACGAGGUCAGUCCAGCUGUACAGAACGUGAAUAAUUCACUUUACAACGAAUUGAUGGGUUCUUCCGGAUUACUCACAAUUGGAGGUCGAGUCCGGAAGGUGUCGGCCGAGGAUUUGGAAUUACUAGCUGAACUGGGUCACGGAAGCUGUGGACAUGUGUCGAAGAUGCGGUAUGACGACAACAUUAUCGCUGUCAAGUCCAUGCCCAGAAGCACCAAUCCAGUUGAGAGCAAACGAAUCAUCAUGGAUCUUCGAAUAUUAUCGCGAGCGUAUGAUUGUCCUCAUAUAGUUCACUCAUAUGGAUAUAUAAUAACCGAGGUUAUGAUAUGCAUGGAAGCUAUGGCUACUUGUCUGGAUUUGUUACUGAAACGAACGGGCAAUGAACCGAUUCCAGAGCCGAUAGUUGGGAAAAUGUCUGUGAGGUAUAAGACUCUCGGACUACUCAAAAAGCGUAUACAGCCGGAUGUCAAACCGUCAAACAUUUUGCUAGAUUGGAAUGGAGUUGUGAAACUGUGCGACUUCGGAAUUAGCGGAUUCCUUAUCGAAAGUCGUGCAAAGUCGAAGCUUGCUGGUUGUCCACCAUACAUGGCCCCAGAGAGAGUACGCUCCACUGAAAAUACUCCGUAUGACAUCAGAAGCGAUGUAUGGUCUCUAGGAAUAACCCUAGUUGAGCUUGCAACCGGGCCGGGUUUCCAUAUGAGGGUAGUCAAGAUCAUCGCUUUUAAAGCACUGAAAGUAUUCCAAACACUACUGUUCAGCAAUUCAAUGCGUUAUCAUCUUACGCUGAUGCUUCGACUGACGUCUUACCACACUUUACGGCUAUAUGUCGAUAUCUGGCGUAUAAAUGUUGAUGCUCGCGCAAACGAUCUCAUGUAA